AUGACAUACUUCUUCGGCAUCGGCUGGCAGGGAGUUCCCUGGUUAUACCCCACCGAAAUCAACAGUCUAUCGAUGCGGACGAAGGGUGCCGCCCUCGGGACUGCCACGAACUGGAUCGUCAACUUCAUGGUCGUCGAGAUCACGCCUCCUGGAAUCAGCGCCCUCGGCUGGCAAUUCUAUAUCAUCUGGACCGUCCUCAACUUUUCCUUCGUGCCCAUCGUCUACUUCUUCUACCCGGAGACGUCGGACCGCUCGCUCGAAGACAUCGACCGCUACUUCGCUAACAACCAAGAUAUUCUCGUCUUCCGCGACAAGGACGCCACCUCAUCGAAGCGGCCGCUGAAGUACAUCGCCCAGGAGGAGGAGGCCAUCCGAAAGCGCAACAGCGGCGUUAUGCCCGGUGAGGUCGAGGAUAUGCUACGCCGGCGGGGCGCGGCGGAGAAGCUUAAGAAGGGCUCGGAGGACACGGAGAUGGCGUUUGGCGAGCACAAGGAGAGGGCCUAA